AUGUUUUCUGACUCCCCAAGUCCGGAGCAAUCCAGGCCACUACCUCAACAAAUUCCAAUUCAGUAUUCAGAGUAUGGACAUCUAACUGUCGAUCCUUCCAAUUCUUCGGCUUCCUCCUCGAUUAUUCCUGGAUGGAACCAAGAGUGGAAUGGUCCACAAACUGAGGGACAAACAUGGACAUCUUUUGGGUCACUGGACACUGUUCAAGCGUCGAGCCAGCUCAACACAAACAAUCCCUCCAGUCAUUCAAAACCGCCUUAUUCCUACAUAUCCCUGAUCACAAUGGCCAUUCAAUACUCUCGCAGUCGUAUGUGCACUCUCUCAGAAAUCUAUGACUUUAUCACCAAUCUCUUUCCUUACUAUCGGCACAAUAAACAACGCUGGCAGAAUUCGAUUCGUCAUUCCUUAUCAUUCAAUGAUUGUUUCGUCAAAGUUGCUCGGGGCCCAGACCGUCCUGGAAAAGGCUCCUUCUGGACCCUCCAUCCAGACUCCGGAAAUAUGUUCGACAAUGGAUGUCAUCUAAGACGACAGAAGAGAUUCAGAGAUCCAGCAAGAGAAGCUGCUCGUAUGGAACGAAAGAAGAAGUCAAAGGGAAGCUCUUCUAACUCUUCUCAGAUUAUAUCCAAAGAGUUGAAGAAUGUGACUGGAUUUGAAGAACCUGAAGUACUCGAUAUGGAACCACGAGAAAGUCAUUGUAUGGGAAGUGCUUUCCCUCAUUUCCAACCUAUGGAAUGGCGAGGUGAGGAGGAUAUGACGACUGGUGGAUGGGGUCAAGAAGGGUGGUGUUUCUGUGAAUCAACUCAUCUCUCCACAUUACCUCCCCAGCCUCAACCGCAGUACCCACAGGCAUCACUACUUUCAAAUACUUCGAGGUCAUCUCUUCCACAAUUAACCUCUUCUCAACCUUGGUGGAACUCAAUGGUGAAUUUUGAUUCGACUUCAGCCAACAAUAGCAGUAUCAAUACCAUUUGCGCUCCACCGUCCACUCCAUUCGCAACUAUUCCUCCAGAAUAUUACUCCUAG